AUGGAGCAUAACGGUACUUUAGGAAGAGGUCAUGUCUUUCCUCUCGAAAACUACAAGAAAAAUGCUCGCGUUUGGCAUCGUCAUCCAGAACUGGUUUGGAUAAGCGGAGAGCUUGAGGAGGAUAUAUCUUUUCAAUCAAAAACUGUCAAAAUUAAGUUAGAAAAUGAUCAACAUGUAGAAUACCCUAUCUCAUCACCUGAUCAGUUACCGUUCUUGAGAAAUCCCACCAUUUUAUUAGGAAAGGAUGAUUUAACUGCCCUUUCUUAUCUUCAUGAACCCGCAGUUUUGCAUAAUUUACACUAUCGAUUCGUUGAACGCGAAAAUAUUUAUACAUAUUGUGGGAUUGUUCUUGUUGCUAUUAAUCCUUAUGCUGAUUGCUCUCAUUUGUAUGGUGAUGAUGUUAUUCAGGUUUACCGUGGAGUAGGAAAACAAGUUCGUGAUCUAGAUCCACACAUAUAUGCUGUUGCAGAAGAGGCGUUCUUCGAUCUAUCUGAAUUCGGAAAAUGCCAAUCUAUUAUUGUAAGCGGAGAAUCGGGAGCUGGAAAAACAGUUUCCGCGAAGUUCGUGAUGAGAUAUCUUGCGUCUAUUGCCAGCUCGCGAAAAGGAUCCAUGGGAAUAGAAGAAAGAGUGCUAGCCACAAAUCCAAUAAUGGAAGCUAUAGGAAAUGCAAAAACCAUAAGAAAUGACAACUCGUCAAGAUUUGGAAAGUAUAUACAAAUAAACUUUGGUGACCGGUUUGCUAUAUCUGGAGCUGAAAUGAAGACGUAUCUUCUGGAAAAAAGUCGACUAGUCUUCCAGGCUAAGAACGAGCGUAACUACCAUAUCUUCUAUCAAAUGUGUCGGUCUCGCGACGUUCCUAUGCUUAAAAAUCUUCAGUUAGGGCCAUGUGAAUCAUAUUUAUACACCAGACAAGGAGGUGACAGUAGAAUUCCCGGUGUUGACGAUCGGAAAGAUUUUGAUGAGACGCUGAAAGCGUUCAAUAAGUUAGGAUUCAGUGAAGAUGUGCAACAACAUGUAAUGACAGUGUUAGGCGGAAUUUUAUUACUAGGAAAUAUUCAAUUCACUGAUGUGGAUGAUAACUGUUCUGUUACGGAGGAGAACGCUCAAGAUAUCGAGAGGUUCUGUCAGGAUCUUUAUCAAAUCCCUGCUAACGAACUGAAACUUUGGCUUACUAUUCGUGAAAUUCGUGCAGCUGGCGAAGUUGUUAGGAAAGGGCUCAGUAAAACGGAUGCUGUUCGCUCACGAGAUGCUUUAUCCAAACUGAUAUAUGCUUCUAUGUUCCAUUGGCUUGUAGAAAAGAUGAAUGAAGCACUGAUGCCAAAAGAUAGAAAAAUAAGAAGAAACGAAAAGUUUGUGGGUGUUCUAGACAUAUAUGGUUUUGAAACUUUCGAAAUCAACAGCUUCGAACAGUUCUGCAUUAACUAUGCUAAUGAAAAACUACAACAACAGUUCAAUCAACAUGUAUUCAAAUUGGAACAAGAGGAAUACGAAAGAGAAGAAAUCGCUUGGGUUCGAAUCGAGUUCUAUGAUAACCAACCUGCAAUCGACUUGAUAGAAGGAAGACCAGGGUUAAUCGACUAUUUGGAUGAACAGUGCAAAGUUGUACGAGGUUCUGAUGAUGGUUGGCUAAAUCAGAUGACGAACUGUCCGGUAUUGAAAAAGAACGCACAGCUUUCUAUGCCAAGAAUCAAAAGCAGAGACUUUAUAGUAAAACAUUUCGCUGCUGAUGUUUCUUAUUGUACCACUGGUUUUCUCGAAAAAAAUCGAGAUACCGUUAGUGAGCAGCUCUUGGAAGUUAUCGGAAAUACGAAGUUCAAAUUCCUAUUGGAAGUGCUAGGUCCGAUUGUUGUAGUUGAUCACUCUGCAGGGGGCAAGCGUCUUGUGAAAAAAACUGUUGCUAGUCAAUUCCGUGAUUCUUUAAAAGAAUUGAUGGAGGUGCUCUGCACAACUCGUCCUCAUUAUGUUCGAUGUAUCAAGCCGAAUGAUGUUAAGGAGAGGUAUUACUUCGAACCUAAAAGAGCUAUUCAGCAACUACGCGCAUGUGGCGUACUUGAAACUGUCAGAAUAUCUGCUGCCGGCUUCCCAUCCAGAUGGCCGUAUGAAGACUUUGGGCGUAGAUAUAGAGUUCUAUUUCCUGAAGGUAAAGCAUUGUGGCGAGAUAAGCCAAAAAUGUUCGCCGAAAAAGCUUGCGAGAAAUGUUUGGAGCCCGAUAAGUUUGCUCUUGGAAAAACUAAGAUAUUUUUCCGAACUGGACAGGUCGCCUUGCUGGAGCGAAUCAGAAUUGAGACUCUCAGUGUUUCGGCUGUACUGAUCCAAUCGUGCUGGAGAGGUUACAUAGCCCGGAAACGCUAUGAAGAAUACAAGCAAAAUAUCAAGCUGAUUCAGGCUGCUACCAGGGCUUACAUGUUCUAUCGUCGGUUAAAGUUCCUCCAAAUGUACAGAGCUAUUGUUACCAUCCAGUGUGCAGUAAGGCGUCAUCAAGCUGAAAAGAAGUAUAAACAGAUGAAGCAUGCAGCUUUAUCUAUUCAAAGCUACUAUCGUGGAUCAAUUGUUCGCCGUCAAUUCGAGAAGAUGCGCUACGAGCAAUCAGCUAUCAUUUUACAAAAGUAUUGGCGAGGAUAUUUGGUCAGAAGGGACCAAAUUAAACGUGUGCAAAAGAUUGUAAUUGUCCAGUCAUGCGUUCGAAGAUGGCUAGCGAAACGUAGACUCAGAGAACUCAAGAUCGAAGCUCGAUCAGUUGAUCAUUUGCAAAAAUUGAACACCGGACUCGAGAAUAAAAUCAUCGAGUUACAAAUCAAACUGGAUUCAGCGAACCGCGAAAAGAAGAAGCUAGCUAUGAUUGCUGAUAACUUUGCUCAUGCCAAAGCUCAAAUAACUGUUUUAGAAGAAGAAAGGCCAUCUUUGUUUGCUGCCAGGGAGAGGAUGGAAGAGCUGGAACUCGAAGUAGAACGGUUAGAAACUGAAUGCGAUGUGAAAGAGGGUGAGAAAGGAGAACUGGAGAACAAACUGAGUGAAGUCCAAAGUCGCAUGGCAUUGCUUCAAAACGAGAGUUCUUCAAACAUAACAAGUUUAACUGAGAGUUUGAAUUCAUGUAAUAAGAAGAUGAAAGAGUUUGAAGAUGAGAACGAAAAAUUGAAGCAGUUGAUAUCAGCAGAGUCUGGUUAUCGCACCCAGGCUGAAAAUGAAUUAGCGCAGAUGCGUGAGCAGUUACUGCAGAACGCCAACUUGCUCUCAUCACCAUCUUUCAGUCGAGCAGGAAGUGUCCGUGAUUCAGAAAACGUGAAAUCUGACUAUAAGUUGAACCGCUCCGGGAACUCAGGAUUUCUUUCGUUGAGCUCGGGGUCGGGAGACAUGGAUGAAAUGGCUCUCAUUAUCAAACAAAACCAAAUGAUUAGCGAACUUACAACCAAACUCGAACAAUACCAGAGGGAUAAUGAGCGAUUGAAGUGUCUUAUGGAAGCUGCCACAAUGGUGGAUUCUUUGGACAAAAGAACAUCGCUCCGUGCAUUUGAAUCACACCGGUUGCAAGAGCUCGAGACUUCCUAUGGCAGACUUAAAGUGGAGUUUGAGCGAUUGAUUGCUGAAAAGGCUAAUUAUGGUGUCGAGAAUAUGAAUAUUCAAAUGCUAUUUGAGAAAUUGAUAGAAGAGAAUGAAAGAUGCCAUGAAGAAUCUGCUGAACUAAGAGCAAUGCUAACAAGUCGUUUUGAACGGCAGUCUGGAAACGCUGGUUCUCCUAGACCAGACUCCGGACACUGGAGUGAAAAUCAUUCUGAAGAUGGUAGCACUGAUCUUGAUGAAGAAUUGUGCACCGAACGACAAUGCCGACAACUAAAAUCGCUCGUCGAGAAUUUGAGUAGAGUCUUAACUGAUAGAAACAAAGCCAUUGAUAUUUUGGAAAAGAGACUGCACGAGGCAGUUUUACCUUUCAGACCCUCAGAAUGCUCGUUGGACGAAAAUAUCAAAGGAAUGCAUGGACAAUUAAACCAUUUGGCUUCAGAAAACCUAGCAUUGAAUGACAAGCUUAUACGAAACUCUGAAGAGUUAGCUGAAGCUAGAGCACAACUUCGUGGCUACACGGGAGGAUUAGGCUUUUCACUUGAUCAUACUUCUGAUUCUGAAAUAGUUCGGUUGGAAUCAUUAAGUAAAGAUAGUGUUGAGCAUUCAGCUCUGUUGGAGGUGUUCAACGUUCCCGAGUUCUCAAGGAUACUUUUCUCAGAUUUAAAACCAAGACUUGCUCGAUUAUUAACCAAGUGCUUCCCAUCUUACUUACUACUCACAGCUUUCCGGUAUUAUGACCACGCCAACGACGAAACGGCACUCACCGGCUUGUUUUCUACGGUCCAUAUUUUGCUCAAAGAUACAAUCACGCGUUCGAGCGAUAUGGAUGUAUUGUCGGUAUGGUUUGUAAAUACUUGGCGAUUGUUGAAUCUUCUCCGUCAAUAUGGUGGUGAAGCUGCCGAAAAGGAAUGGUACGCUGCCAACAAUCCAAAACAGAAUGCUCAACGAUUGAAAUCAUUUGAUGUGUCUCCUAUUCGUGAACAGCUUAAAGCUCGAGUUGAAGAUUGUUAUCAGAACUUGAUGAAGAAGGCUAUCGAACCGGUUCUAAUUCCGAAAAUUGGUCCUGGGAUACUUCAACAUGAAAGUUCUUGCGAUCUCAUGUCUGUUGGUGUAAAACAACAAUUAAGUCGCCAAGCCAGUAAGGAAACCACCAAAAAAGGAUUAGACGAUCUAAUCGAUUUCUUGAAUUUCAUUCAUGCAAAAUUAUCAGUUUAUGGAGCCGAUCAAAUGCUCUUAUCCCAAGUCUUUUCUCAGAUGUCCCAAUGGAUUUCAGCUUUAGCCCUUAACCAGCUUAUGUAUCGUAAAGACCUUUGCAACUUCGAGAAGGCGAUUCAAAUAAAACACAAUGUAACGGAAGUUCAAUCUUGGCUGAAUACUAAAGGACUUAGUCAACAUCGCGAUUCCUUUGAUCCUCUCGUUCAAGCUUGUCAUCUUCUCCAGAGUAGAAAAGAUGAAUCGAAUUUGGAAACACUCUGUGGAGAAAUGACAAGUAAACUGAAACCAAGACAGGUUAUUGGUAUCUUACAGCAUUACUCGCCCGGACAAGAUUUUGAAGAAAGUCCUGUUGAUCCAGACUUCUUAAUAGUUUUGGCGAAGAGGUUGAAAGAGAGAGAAGAUGCCGCAGGUGUUAGUGAAGACGACCAGAAAACUUUCAUCCUACCUGGCACCACUUAUGUAACUCCAUUCGAUACUAGGCCGUUUGUCUACUCUGAAUUCCCGCUAGAAACAUUAUCUUUACCUAGCUGCCUACAUUUGCAACAAGUUUGCAGAUUAAUCUAA